AUUGUUUUUAGUGCUGUCAGUUUAGUUUUCAUUAAACUCUUCACGUUUCCUCGCGAACCGAAAAGGGAAAACAUACACCAGCAAAUCUCUGCUAAAAAGAAAGAAAAUGGCACCAAACGCAGCCCAAGCAGUUCCACAAUCACGUUAUGAACCAGAAACUGGCAUCAAUGCCAUUUUAUUGGGACCUCCUGGUUCCGGCAAAGGAACUCAAGCCCCUUUGUUGAAGGAGAAAUACUGUGUCUGCCAUUUGUCUACUGGUGAUAUGUUGCGUGCUGAAAUCAGUUCUGGUUCCGAUUUGGGAGCCACUCUGAAAAAGGUCAUGGACGAAGGCAAAUUGGUAUCCGAUGAAUUGGUGGUCAAUAUGAUCGAUAAGAAUUUAGAUAAACCUGAAUGCAAAAAUGGUUUCUUAUUAGAUGGCUUCCCACGUACCGUGGUACAAGCUGAGAAGUUGGAUGAAUUAUUGGCCAAGAGAAAAUCUGAAUUAGAUGCUGUUAUUGAGUUUGCCAUUGAUGACGGUUUGUUGGUGCGCCGUAUUACCGGCCGUUUGAUUCAUCCCAGCAGUGGCCGUUCUUAUCAUGAAGAAUUUGCCCCACCCAAAGUAAACAUGAAAGAUGAUUUAACUGGCGAACCUUUGAUCAGACGUAGUGAUGAUAAUGCCGAGGCUUUAAAGAAACGUUUGGAAUCUUAUCACAGACAAACCAAACCUUUGGUUGACUACUAUGCCUUGAGAGGUUUGCACUUUAGCGUUGAUGCUGCCAGAAAAUCUAGCGAUGUCUUUGCCCAUAUUGAUCAAAUUUUCGUUCGCCAACGUAAACACAAAAUGCAAUCUUGAUUAGGAUUGUUUUUAAGUAAAUUAUUUAUUUAAUACUUGAUUUUUGUUUACAUAAUUUUUUUUUCUUUUGACUGCCACCACGAUUUAACAAUGCAGCAAAUGCAACAUAUAAUAAUUUUUUCCCUCUCACGUUAAGUGGUUUUAGUGAAUUUAAAUUUAUUAUUUUAAUUUAAAUUAAUAAAACAAGAAAUUUAUUUACAAAAAUGAAUAAACAAAAAACAAAAGCAAAUAAGUAAAACACAAACAACCUGUACUAUAAAAUGACUAAUUCCUCUUGUAAAUGUGUAAUAAACAAACAAAAUUUUAAAACAACAAAUGAAAUAUACUACCUAAAUAUAAAACAAAUAUGUCCAAAUAUAUAUAAAAAUAUACUCACUCUUACGAGUAUAAGUUUGAUCUUUUAAAAAUAGCCUACAUUAUUUGCAACAACAACAAAAAAGUUAAGUAAAGUAAAGAAACCGAAUACAAAAUUUGUUUUGUAUUCGUAAAUGAUACAUAUUGAUAUAGUGCAUUUACAAAGAAUUAUAAAAUAAAAUGAAAUUCUUAUUUAGGUGUCAGCUUAUAUACAAACAAACAAACAUACAUACUUCUUUCUAUAUAAAAUAUUUGUAAUUUUAGCGUUUUCUUCAUAAGGGUAAUUAAUUAAUUAAUGAAUAGUUUUUGUGUGUAUCUUAUACAAAACGAGAUAUAAAAAAUCAAAUCAAAUAUGUAUAAGAAAACUACUUGUUAUCAUGGUACUAUAAAUAAAUAAAAAAGAAAAACAAAUUAUUCAAAAUAAACUAAA